UUAUUUAUAAUUGUUAAUUAUAAGACCAUGAUUAAAAAUUUCAGAUGCAGUUUAAAGUAUAACUUGUUACCAAAAAUCACAGACCACAAGGUAUUCACGAUGGGAAAACUUCUCAGUCUUCUGGCUCGAGACGAGACGACUUGCUGUACUCCUCAAAAAUAUGACGUCUUUCUAGAUUUUGAAAAUGCUCAACCUUCCGAUAUUGAAAGAGAUACAUUUGAAGCCGUACAACGAGUUUUGAAAAAUUCAGAAUCCAUUUUAGAAGAGAUUCAGUGCUAUAAAGGUGCUGGCAAGGAAAUUCGAGAAGCUAUUUCAGUUCCUACAGAAGAAUGUCAGCGUAAAGCGUACCUGACUGUCGUUCCUCUCGUGGCUAAGCUAAAAAAAUUCUAUGAGUUUUCUCUAGAACUUGAACGUGUUGUACCACAGAUUCUGGGUCAAUUAUGUUCAGGAAAUCUAUCCCCCAUGCAACACCUUGAAACUCAACAAGCACUUGUCAAACAAUUCGCCGAAAUUCUUGAAUUUGUAUUCAAGUUUGAUGAGCACAAAAUGAAAACACCAGCUAUUCAAAACGAUUUUAGCUAUUAUCGUAGAACGUUAACAAAAGCUAAAGACAAUCCAGAGAAUGAAUUGAUUGUAGGCAAUGAACUGGCCAACCGCAUGUCCUUAUUUUAUGCCCACGCCACACCCAUGCUUCACGUUUUGAGUCACGCUACUAUAACUUUCUUAAUGGAUAGGGAAGAUAUACCACGAGAGAAUAUUACAGAGACGUUGGGGACUAUGGCUAAGGUUUGUUUAAGGAUGUUAGAGAAUUCAAACCUAUUGGCACAAUUUCAAAGAGAAGAAACACAGUUAUUCGUUCUAAGAGUCAUGGUUGGCUUAGUCAUACUCUACGAUCAUGUUCAUCCACAAGGAGUUUUCUUUAAAGGCUCAAACGUUGAUGUUAAGGGAUGUGUAAAACUUCUGAAAGAUCAGCCGUCUUGCAAAAGUGAAGGUUUAUUGAAUGCUCUAAAAUACACAACAAAACAUUUGAAUGAAGAAAACACACCAAAAAAUAUUAAAAAUCUUUUAGCAGCAUGA